AUGGAGAGUGCUCAAUUUAUGGAAAAUACAGAGCAGGUUAUGCCUAUGUCUACACUUUGUCAUUCCUACAUCCCUCCAGAUGGACUUUUUGGACAAAUUGAGAAAGUUAUUAAAAAGACACCAGAAAUUGAGAAUCCAGAACAAUACAUUAAAAUAAUGGAGAAGUGGGGAAGUGUCUACAGGUUGGGAGUUGAUGUUCCAUUACACGACUGGAAGUCAAAAAUCCAGAUAGACAUUGGUACAAACCAAUCGCUGCUAAGAAGGGGAAGAAAGUUGCAAAUUGAACCAAGCACUGUAGAUAUUGGAUAUCCAUUGAAACCAGAUAAAAAGAAGAGUAUUAGUAAUUUGAUUGAAAAACAUUAUGGAAGUGACUGGCGAAAUGAUAACGCUUUGACGUUUUUCAAGAAUAUCUUCAAUGCGUAUUCUGCCUCAUCCACAUCAACCUCAGAAAAUGGCACCGAUGCUAGAACAGAGUUGCUUUGUUUAGAAGAAACUUUAGAUUUUGAUAUUUAA